AUUGUAAAAAAUAAAUUUACAAAAUAAUUGCAUUUUUUAUUGUUUAUUACAAAUAUUAAAGUAAAAUGAUAAAAGCAAAAAAAUUUAUUGUGUUAAAACAUUUUAACGGAAAACCGAAAAAAUCAGAUUUACAAUUAAUUGAAGAAGAAUUACCUAGUCUUCAGAAUGGAGAAUUCCUUAUUCAAGCGGAAUAUCUUUCCGUGGAUCCUUAUAUGCGAGUUUAUAUGCUAAGAUAUCCAGUGGGUUCAAUAAUGCUUGGCUCGCAAAUAGGCAAAAUCAUUGAGUCAAAGAAUUCAAACUUUCCAGUGGGAAAAAAGAUUAUCGCUGAUGUCGGUUGGAGAUCACAUACAAUUAUAAAUCCAUUUCGUUGUAAUGCAGAAUAUGAAUUCAAAAAACCAAAACUACUUCCUGAUUUAGAAGAUUUGCCAAUGUCGUUAUAUUUAGGAAUGUUAGGAAUGCCAGGGAAUACAGCUUAUUUUGGUCUUUUGGAAAUUUGCAAGCCAAAGAAAGGUGAAACUCUUGUUAUAAGUGGAGCUGGAGGAGCUGUUGGUUCUCAUGUUGGUCAAAUAGGGAAAAUUCUUGGACUUACUGUCGUUGGUAUUGCUGGUUCAGAUGAAAAAUGUAAAUGGCUUGUGAAAGAGCUUGGUUUUGAUCAUGCUAUUAAUUAUAAAGAAGGAAAUCUUGAUGUUGCUUUAAGGAAGGCUAUACCAAAGGGAAUCGAUUGCUAUUUUGAUAAUGUGGGAGGAGAUAUUUCUAGCAUUGUUAUGUAUCAAAUGAAACUCAAUGGCCGCGUAGCUGUUUGUGGAUCUAUUUCUUCGUAUCACGCUGAUGCUUCAUCGUUACCAAAAGCGACGAUUCUUCAACCAACAAUGGUAUUUAAUGAAUUAAAGGUAGAAGGUUUUUUGGCCACUCGUUGGGACAAUCGUUGGAACGAAGGUAUAGAAAAAAAUCUUCAAUGGAUACGCGAAAAAAAAAUUCGUUAUCACGAAACCAUUGUAAAGGGUUUCGAUAAUAUGUUUGAUGCAUUUGUUGAAAUGUUAGAAGGAAAGAAUAUUGGUAAAGCUAUUGUUCAAGUUUGAAGAAAAAAAAAAAAUAUUGUGAUUUGUUUAUUAAUUAUUUUUAUAUCUAUCUACAAAAUAAAUAUAUUUUUUUUUUCGUGUAAUGGUAAAUGUAUUAAAAUUUUAAAUUAUAUAAUUAUAUAAAAUAAUAUUUUCGAUUAAUUUGUACAUUUUUAUUAUAUAUGCAAAUAUAAAAUUUUUAUAUAAUUA